GUCCCAAAAUGGUAGAAGUCCAGAGUCAACAGUUUCAGAUCAACUCCAACAACGGCAAGCCACUAUUUACUGUGGACGAGAAGGAAGUUGUGGUUGGUACAGAUAAACUUCGAGUAACUGGGCCUGAAGGGGCUCUUUUUGAACAUUCAGUGGAGACACCCCUUGUCAGAGCCGACCCGUUUCAAGACCUUAGAUUAGAAUCCCCCACCCGGAGUCUAAGUAUGGAUGCCCCAAGGGGGGUGCAUAUUCAAGCUCACGCUGGGAAAAUCGAGGCACUUUCUCAAAUGGAUAUUGUUUUGCAUAGUAGUGAUGGAAUGCUUGUGCUUGAUGCUGAAACUGUGUGCCUACCAAAGCUGGUGCAGGGGACGUGGGGUCCCUCUGGCAGCUCGCAGAGACUCUACGAAAUCUGUGUGUGUCCAGAUGGGAAGCUGUACCUGUCUGUGGCCGGCGUGGGCACCACGUGCCAGGAGAACAGCCACAUCUGCCUCUGAGCCGCCUUUGUCUCUCAGUGAGCUGUGCAGUGCUGGCCCCAGAUCCUCACACCCGGGGAGCAGCUGGACAUCGUGACAGACUGAGGUGGUGUGGAUGGGAAGUAAAUGCUUCCAGAGGAACUCAAGAAAAAAAAAUGUGCCAGUGAAAGUGUUUGGACAAAACGACAUGAUCUCAAAAUGCGCGUGGAUGUGAGACAAAAGUUGAAGAAAUGUAAAAGCAAUGUGUUUUUCCACUGGACUAAUUUUCACCAAAACAAUUGCAACUUCUCUCUGCCUCGCCUCCCCGCAUCUUGUCCGUGUGGGCACACAAGGCAGUGUUGAGUUGCUGUGUGGAGUUCAUGUACGAUGCUCCACUGUGGAUAUCUAAUGCCCCAUGAGAGUAGCCUUGGUCAGUACUAAAAUGCCCCAAAGUUCUAUACAGUGUUUCAUUUGUCGCACUCAAACCUAACAUCCGCCCUUCUGUUUAAUGCAAAUAUGUCAGCUUUCACAAGAAAACUUUCAUGUUUUGAAGGAAAUUUGGGGUUGAUCUGAUUUUCAAGAUGUAGUCAAAGGAAUACAUUACACAACAUUAAACUUUCUGUAUAUAGUCAAUACGCAAUAAAAAUCAACCUCAUUUU